UCAGAGUCUACGUGGUGAGGUUUGGAACCACCAAUCCGAUUGUACACUUAUCACCAUGGUGGACUUGCGUAGUGGGAAGAGUACUAGCCCAUACACCCCUGAGCAGCAAGAGAAAAUGGCCGCCUUAGUGAGAGAAAACAAGGAGAGGAAAGAGCUCGAGAAGCAGGCRAARUUAAAGGCUAUCRCGRAGGAGCAGGCGGCKAAGAUGAAGAGGUUGGAGGAGGAGAUGAAGAGGGUUCAACAGGAAGAGGAAAAGAGGAGAAAGGUUGCUGAAGAAGAAGCAGCAGCAGAAGAAGAAAAAGAAAGAAAACAUAUUCAAGGAGAAGAAGGGAGUAGUGGCACAAAGAGGGAUACRGACGCAGAGAUGGAGAMRAGGAUAAGUGAGUGGGUCGCUAAUUUAUCGUUGGGAGAAGACGAGGAGGCGGAGUCUUAUGUGACUCAGGAUGAGAGGGAUGCGCUAGCUAGUGAGCUAGCAGCAAUGGAGGACCCUAUGAAACGGCGAGAAAGGGAGGAGGAGCAGAAGUUAGCAUGGAAAUUGAGGAUGAAGAGGGAAAAGAAGAGGAGGAGAGAGGAAGUCAACAAACUGACUGCAGAGGUGGCGAAGGUGCAGGACUGUAGGAAAGAAGUGCAGGCCCAGACAAAUGAUAAGGCCAAGUGGGAUAAGGUAUUGGGGUACCUGGAGGUGCUGAGCACAACAUGGAUGGAGGAGCGCCAAGCAAAUUGGAGCCAAGAAGUAGCCUUGAGUGCCAUGCGGUCGGGAUUUAGAGAUUUUGCGCGCGAUAUAGUCACCCACAUUGGGGGCGAAGUCAAGCAACUGAGAGACAAUGUGGGGAAGUUUUCCAACUACUAUAGGAAGUUCGUGAGGAACUUCUCUACCAUCGCCGCUGCCUUGCGCAGGUUGCUAAAGAAAGAGGCAAUCUGGCAAUGGGACCAAGACUGUACGUAUGCGCUAAAGAGAUUAAAGCGCGCGUUAAUAGAGUAUCCUGUCCUCAAAGUUGCUGAUCCGUCCUUGCCAUUUGUCGUCACCACGGACGCGAGUCAGUAUGGGAUAGGCGCCGUGUUUCAGCAAGACGACGGCAAUGGCUAUAGACCAGUAGAGUUCAUGUCAGCGAGGAUGCCCUCUAAGAAGGUCACUGCCUCGACGUACGAGAGAGAACUCUACGCUCUCAGGCAGGCUCUAGAUUACCGGAAGCAUUACCUGCUUGGGAGGCACUUCAAAGUGUAUUCUGAUCAUGAGACCCUUAGAUGGUUGAAGACUCAGGCCAAGAUGACACCUAAGUUGACUAGGUGGGCCGCAGAGAUAGACCAGUAUGAUUUCGAGCUCAAGCCAGUAAAGGGCAAGUACAACGUAGUUGCGGACGCUCUGAGUAGGAGAUCAWACUACUUUGGAGCCRUAGUACACUAUCUGGAUAUAGGGAGAGACCUGCAGGAGAAAGUGAAGCAAGCGUAUGCGCAGGACCCCAUCUAUAGUGACCUCCUAAAGAGAGUUAGAGAGGCCCCAGAGACUGAGCCAGAUUACCGCACUACCAAGGGACUACUAUUUGAGAAGACUAAUGUAUCGGAUCUGCAAGCAUCGUCAGGAUUGCCAAUCAAUGUUGUUCUGCCACGUGGCACUGAUCGUCGGCGGGCUGAACGCCGAAACGUGCCGAACGGCCAUCAACUGCUGGCCGCUGCCCCACGGCCCCACCGACGACAAAGAGGAGCAGGCGUAGAGAAGUGCCUUGGCAAGGAGGUGACCAGCAGCCUAGGAGGAGGUGGAGGAAGAGGUGGAAGAGGAGGAGGAGGAAGAGGAGUAGGCCCUCACACGGGAGAGGAUCAGGCCCAGGAGUAUGUCAAGGCAACGCUGGUAAUUAGUACUCCACCAGAUUACCCUCUAGUGCUGCCAGAGCUGGAGCUCUGUGAAACGAAGGGCCUGGAUGACAGAAGACACGCCUCUCUGCUGAGUGAGCUACGCAGCCGGGCAAGAACCGCCCCUCCGGGACCCAUGCUUGUGGCUCUCUGUGAAGCCGCCAAGGAUGUGUUGACGUCCAUGAAUUUUCCAGAAGGUGACUGUCCUUUUUGUAUGAUGCCUCUGGCGGGAGGACGAAGGGGAGAGAGUCCUUUGGGGGGGGGAGGAGGGGGAGGGGGAGGAGGAGGAGGAGAUGGAGAUGGUGAUGAGAAGGAGUUUAUGAAAUUGAUAUCUUGUUUCCAUUGCUUCCAUAGCGAGUGCUUUGGGAGGUGGUGGAGAUGGCAGCAAAAGCAGCAGAGAGCAGAGGAGGACCCCUCCCUCCAGCAGCAGGCUCAGAAUUCAAGGAGGCGGGGAUGGGGGAGCCAAUCAAGCGGUACAAGGGGUAAUCAGCAAAUAAUACAACUGAAGGACGGCAUGAUGCCAGAUGUCAAGUGCCCAAUCUGUCGAGCCCCGAUCGCGACCGACGAUGUGACCCAUGUCCAAGAUUGGCUAAUUAAGCAGGAUGAUGAGGUAAUCAGGGAAGAAGAGGAGGGGGAGCAAUCAUCAGGGACAGGGGUGUUAAUCAUGGCAACACCUGAGGAGCAGGAGAGGCGUGAGCGCUUCGUGAAGUUGUUUGAAGCGCAGAAAAGCCGAGGGGGCAUCAUCGAGGUCAGGAAGCCUGACACGAUAACUGAAGGGAUGGUGGUAGUUAUGCCCCCCCCAUCGACACCGGUCAAUCGGCAGGCUACCACUCAAUUGGAGAGCAAUGCACCUCAGCAGGAAGAGCAUCCAAGCGCAGAGGAGGGAAGUUCUCGAAGCCCAUUCAGGAGCGAGCGGCCUGUGUCAGAUCAACCCCGGGUCAGUAAUUCAAGAAGCAUGCCCAGCAGCAGCAGCAGCGGCGGCAGUGGCAAUAGAGAUAUGAUUUGUACAGAGGGGGGGGAGUUUGAAAGCAGCAAUCGGGAUCGGGAUGGACCGCCAAGGGUGCCGGGCGGGAAGCAAGGGAUGCAAAGGGGGCGAAGGUACAGACGUGGAGGUGGUCGGAGUGGAAGAAGUUCUGAAGGACUAAACACAUCUGCUGCUACUGCAGCAUUGAGACGUGCUGAACGACUAAGUACAUCUGCUGCUGCUACUGCAGAAUUGCCGUGUUCUGAAAGACCGAGUACAUCCGCUUCUGUUUCAUGUUAUUCGUCGGGAUUCGAACUUGGAUCUGUAUUUCAACAAUUGAAUGGUGUACCAACUGAGCUAGGCCCACCAGUGCUAAGUACAUCUUCUGGUACUGCAGAAUCGCAGAGCUGUGAAAGACUCGGUACAUCUGCUGCUGCUGCUGCUGCAGAAUUGCCGAGUUCUGAAAGACCGAGUACAUCUGCUGUUACCGCGGAAUUGAGAAGUUUUGAAACACUUAGUGUAUCUGCUGUCGCUACAGAAUCGAAACGCUCUGAACAGGGUCAAAGCCAGGGCUGUUCAGACCUGACAGCAAGGAAAGGCAGGGUGCACAGAAGACCGGCAGCAGAGGGUGAGAAUAGAGGAGGAGGGAGUGAACAGGGGGUCUGUACUAGAUCGGUUGAGUACCCCGGCGAACGCAGGGAAGAAAUGUGCUCAAUCGGGGCCACCAGCAGCAGUGGGGUGGAUUGCGCAGGAAAUCCGCUGUACAUGCACCUACCUCCCCCGGGAUUCUCACAGCCCUGUGGAACUCUGGGACAUUGUCCAGGUGGUCCAGGUGGUCGUACUAACAAACGGGCCCAACGUACAAGCUGCGGUCAUCAGGGAGAAUCACGCCCACACUAUUCAGGUCCCAACCCAAGGGAUGCUCGUGGUAGGAGUCCUGUGACUGAGGAUGGGCUCGAUGGCACAGACAAGCAAUUGCAGCGAGCACCGCAGCAGGUUCAAGCAUAUAGACGAAGUCGGUGGGCUGCCGGUGGACCUCUCCCUCGUGAGCAAGAUGGUCUGCCUGACGGUCUUGGUCGUGGGGGGACUGAUAAACACAGGACAGCCCCUACCCUUGGGAGAGGAAGAGGCACUACUACUAGGUUCACCCCCCCUGGCCCUCCUCCUCGGUUUCACCAACCUCGUCACAGACCACCGCCGCCAGGGUUCAGUCGCAAUCCUGCAACGCAAUCGUCAGCUAGUGAGUUGUCCUUGACAUCAGCAACUUGCGAAAGCCAGCAGUCUUCAGCUCACUGCUCUGCUCAUCCUCCUCCUCCACAUCGUGAUCAGCAGAGGCCUAGGGGCACCUCCUCAAGCGAGGGCGGGCGACAGAAGGGUGGGCAUACGGAAGGACAAAGAGGAGGAGGAGGGGGGGGGGUAGGAGGAGGAGGAGGAGGAGGAGGACCAGGAUACAGGUAUAAUAAUGCUAAUGAAGAGAGAGAGAAUGUUGAUGAGUCAUUUCGAAAGGGUAAGGUAUCAGGUAGACGGCCGGGUGGCUCGCCAUCAUCGACGAGUGAAGCAGAUGGUUGUCGGCAUGCAGAAGGAGGAAGAGGAGAAGGAAGAGGAGGUAGAGGAGGAGGAGGAGGAGGAGGAGGAGGAGGAGGAGGAGGAGGAGAUAGGUAUGAUUGUGCUAAUGAAGAAAGAAAGAAUCCUGAGGGGUCGUUUCCAAAGGGUGAGACGUCGGGCAGAUGGCCGGGGGGUCCACUGUCGUCCUCGAUCAGCGAAGAUGGAGAAGAUUGGAGCAGCGGCAGCAGCAGCAUCAGAACACACAGUGCUCACUCGAGCUGGCGACAAAUUUCUCGACGGCGUGGGGAGAGGGGUGGACAUGCCAAGGAAGGCGGCGAUGGUUAUGGGAAGCGGGAAUGGUGACAACGGUCACAAUGCGGCGGGCGGUGCGCCGUUGGAAAUUUAGGGGCUGCCAGUGAGGGAAGAAGUGGUGGCUGCGGAGAUCAUUUGCUUUCCUAAAAGAGGGUUGGACAGCGUGCCGGUGUAGAUACAGGGGCAACCAGUGAGGGAAGAAGUGGGUGGCUGGGGAAUCAUUUUUGGCUUUCCUAAAAGAGGGUUGGAGGAUCAUAAUACGGAAUCUUUUCUUUCCUAAAAGAGGGUUAGAGAAUCAAAAUGCAACAGAGAAGGGAGGUCAGUUUGAGAGGAAGAGUAGGGACCACAUCAGGGAUCUGUGAUAACAGGCGAAAGUGGUGGGCGAGUUGUUCCUCGCCUGCAGAGAAAAAACAAACAAACAAACAGAAGUACCACAGUUGAGUUAGCUCUGUUGACUCUGCAACAAGUUUCUGGGCUUGAUAGUUUAAUUGGUUCGAACCCACCGCUCGAAAUGGUAAGAGAGAAGGAAGGUCAAUUUGAGAGCAAAGGCAUACUCACAAUAGGACAUUUUCACUUAUUCAUGGAGCAUAAUUGAGGUCAGAUGCAUUCACGUCGGACCAGAAAUGCGACCAGAUACAAUUAAAGUAGAGCUAGUGUGAGCACGCCCUGAUGGUAGGGGCCUCAACAGGUCUGCAACGACGAAGGAGUGAUGUGUUGAAGUUAUGGAGACGACAAAAGCUAUGACGAGUUGGAAGUUCUUCUGCAAUUGGUACUCUGAAUUUUUGACAAUCUGAAUUUUCGACAAUAAUGAUGUCAGGUGCAGAUAUGAUUUUUCAUGAUGAUGCCAGAUGCAGAGUAUGUCUGGAUUUCUUCCAAAUUCUUUGUUUUUUUAAUUUUAUGAUGCCAGAUGCAGAGUAUGUCUGGAUUUCUUCCAAAUUCUUAGUGUUUUUUUUUUCAUGUAGUUCUCUUCAGUGCUGUAACCCACAUUUAAGAAGAAGAAGAAGAAGAAGAAGAAAUCCUCCUCCCCCCUUCUUUUCCUUUUGUCUUGGGAACAAAGGGCCCUAUCUAUU